CUCGGCACAUCCCGGGGUGCAGGGAGAGCGGACGACAGAGGUGCUGCUGCUGCUGCUGUGUUUCGGUCCUGUCCGCUGUCAGCCUGCAGCCAUAUGACUCAACUGCUAUUCAAACCAUAAACAACAACAAAGGAAAACAACAGCAAAAAACAAACGCGGCAGGUGGUGUUGUGCUUUACAGACAAUGGCUCUCUUCUGGAGUCUUCUCCUGGUGUUCUUGUUUGCCACCCUAGUACUGUCACACGGUGCUGAGCCUGGAGCCUCUCACGGCAAAAAGAGACAGGCACAGACAUCAGCAAGUGGCAGCAACACCCUACAGCACCCCCUGCAUGGUCUACAGGGCCACCAUUACAACAGGGACCGUGGAGGGCAUGGGGGCCAGGGGGCCCGUGCUGCUAAAGGUGGAGCCGGGCUUCUCUCCCACAGGUCCCUGCAUCCCCUGGCCAGGCCUGAGGAUGAUGGGACAGGCCUGGAAAGUUUGAGCCCAGUGAGACUCGAGAUGGGCCCUGGCAGGGACAGAGACAGAGUUCGAAUGAGUAUGAAGAGUCCAUCCCAGACCCGGGAAAACGACCUUCUUGGGACACGCAAAGGAAGGGGACACGGGAAUGGGAAUGGGCAUGGGCACCAUUUUGAGCACAGGAGACAAGGGAGUCGUCGUGAGAAGGGGCGGCAUGGAAAAGGGUUUCUUCCUGAGCCUGAGCUGAGCUCUGCGUUUAAGGACCGAGAUCUGUUCGAUGAUACUCCCUCCUCUGCUGCCUCCCCCUCCCUCAGCGUGACCCCACCCAGUGAACCCCCCUCCCCCAUCGCAGCCGUCUUUGGCUCCGGCUCCUCCAUGGUUACCACGGCGAUGAACGAGCAUCCCCCAACGUUGCCCCCGGCCUCCACCAAACCCCAGAGGCAUGGAAGAGGAGAAGGACAAGGAGAAGUGAUGCCAACAUUGGACAUGGCGCUCUUUGAUUGGACAGACUAUGAAGACAUGAAACCUGUGGACACUUGGCCGUCUUCCAGGAAGAAAGACAAAAGGCGGAGUAAGAACCUCAGCAGUGGAAAUCUGACUGUAGACACUGAUGCCAUCGAGCCAUGUGACCACCACCUGGACUGUCUCCCAGGUUCUUGUUGUGACCUGAGACAACAUGAGUGUAAACCUCACAACCGAGGCCUCAACAACAAAUGCUACGAUGACUGCAUGUGUGAGGAAGGAUUUCGUUGUUAUGCUAAAUUCCACCGGAAGCGGCGUGUGACCAGGAGGAAGGGUCGCUGCGUUAUACCAGAGUCAGUCAGCAGUGACCAAGGAGGCUUCAUCACUAUCUGAGGAAGAGGAGGUGGAGGCCAAGAUGGAGGAGCUUGAAGGAGUAGGAGCAGGAAAAAUGAGCCCUUCACAGAGUAGAUAGUACAGCCAAGACAUCACAUUACACUGCUAACAGACUAAGUGCUGAAAGGUGACAGCUUGCUGGUUUUUCAAAUCAACUCCACAGUGUAAAGCAUCCAGAUGUCAACAUCUGGUCAGGUAAAACAAAAUAACAGGUGACGUAACUGGAUAUUCUGUUUUAAUGUUGCAUUGUGUGAUGAGCCACACCUUCCAAUCCAGCAAAUCACCAUCUUUAAGCACUUGUUUAGUUCAGUUAAAAUCCAUCCAUUAGUCUUAAUUCAGUUUUGGUCACUCCAGUAUCACCACAGAAGCACAUGUACAUGUUGUUAAAACACAAGGAGGGGCUUUUAAAAACUCUCUCAGUCCACAAUGAUCAGUUUUUAGACUAUUUGUUUUUUUUAGUUUUUUUUAAACUGGUAUACAAGAUUCACUUAGCUGGAAACACAUCUCUGAGUUAAAUAUGUAAACUCAAUUAUGGUUGUUGUUGGUUUUGGAGCAAAGGCACACUUUGUGAGUUUAGGAAAAUGCUUUUUGAAAUCCCUCUCAACAGUUUUUCCUGCAUCUUAUUGUCUGAAAUAUUUGUCACUUCAAGGUUCUGGAGAUUGUCUUGCUAAUCUGGGUGAAACAAUGUUUACAAAUAAUUUUUAGUAUUGAAUUACUGUGCUUGGAGUCCCAAUGGGAGGCUUUCACUGCUUUAGGCUUAUUCAAAUUGUAAAGCUGUCACUCACAGAAAUUAUACUAAAAUGACUUUGACAUGUUUCUAUAUGAGUUCUCUGCUAUGUUUUGUUUCUAAACAUUAAUUGUAAAUGCUAUUUGAACCCAGUCUACUGUCCUGUAUUGUAAAUAUGAAUGUCUGAAUUGCCAACAACUUUUUGUUAAAUUGACAUAAUUUCUCUUCAAAUGUACUUAACAGUAGAAUGAUAAACAAAGAUGCGUGUUUGACCUUCUUUUUACAUGUCUUAAUAUAUGUUUUUAUUUAUACUGUACUUAAGCACAUGUUCGUCUGUGUAUUGUGUUUCUGUCUUUGUUUUCAUGAUUAAACACUUGCUAGGAUAAACA